GGGCGACUACCGAGUGUGUGUUUUCCAGUUCCUGAGCAGGGGGGGAAUUGCACUGCGCUGAAGAUGCUGGUUCUGAGCUGCUCCACCAAGCUGCUGAUUCUGGAAAACAUGCUGAGGAGCCAUUUUCCAGAGUCACUCAAGGUUUAUGGAGCCGUGAUGAACAUCAAUCGUGGAAAUCCCUUUCAAAAGGAAGUCGUAUUGGACGCAUGGCCAGACUUCAAAGCUGUCAUAACCCGGCAACAGAGAGAGGCUGAGACGGAUAACCUUGACCACUACACGAAUGCCUAUGCCGUGUUCUAUAAGGAUGCCACGGCUUACCAACGGCUAUUGGAAGAACACGAUGUUAUUAACUGGGAUCAAGUUUUUCAAAUACAAGGGCUGCAGAGUGAGCUAUCUGAUAUUUCCAAGGCGGUGGCCAACUCGAAGCGGUUGGAUGUAAAGCUGACUUCCUUCAAGGCUGUUCAUUUUUCUCCUGUCUCCUCUCUACCAGACACAAGUUUCCUCCCGGCGUCGUCUCCCCGGAGCCUCACCGCCCUGGGCGUCGGGGACGCGGAGCUCCUGAACCGCACGUGGUCGCGGGGCGGCAACCCGCAGUGCCUGCGCUACCUGGCGCGCCUGGUGGCCUGCUUCCCCAGCGCGUGCGUCCGCGACGCGCGCGGCAGGCCCGUGUCCUGGGGCCUCACCGACCAGUUCGCCACCAUGUGCCACGGCUACACCCUGCCCGAGCACCGCCGCAGGGGCUACGGCCGGCUGGUGGCGCUCGCGCUGGCCGCCAAGCUGCAGCGCCGCGGGUUCCCGGCCCAGGGCAACGUCCUGGACGACAACGCGCCCUCCAUCAGCCUGCUGCGGGGCGUCCACGCGCGCUUCCUGCCCUGCCGCUUCCACAGGCUCAUCCUCACCCCGGCGCCCGCCGCCCCGCAGGCCCCGUAGC